CACCAAAUUGGUCAGGGCCGGCUCUGGCUCUGGGAAUGAACAUGGGCUAAUAUUUCUGAUUAAUAUUAAGCAAAGUAAUGUUAUGUAUACUAAUGCAGACCUAGAUCUGAUGAUCCGCUUCGAGAGGACUCAAGAAUACAUAAUAACUGUCUGAAUGAAACAACUUUGCCUUGGGAAGCUAGCACGAUAGCUUUCUUGGAAUGAACAUCCACCCUGAAAUACACAUUCUGCGUGUGCAAUGCUUCAAAUUUUACUGUAUGUGCUCUUUGUAUUUUAAAAUACUUAUUAGAAAGCUGAGUGAACUCUGACGGACGUGUUUACAAAUGGCACCAUCCUAGCCUACUAGCAAUGCUAAGUAAUCCUUCCAUCAACAGCAGAUUUAACUAGUCUGUGGAACUUCUUAUGUGCUGCUAUAACCAACAAGUCAGAUAGGACAUUAUAUGUUGGAAUAACAUGGCGGUCUCCCGUCAAGGUCACCUCUGCAGCAGCUCUGUAGCAGAUAAAAUGCACUUCUAUGCAGCCUGAAAACAUUGUUGUUUGUAAAAAUGUGGCAUAAAUGAAAGGUACUGGGAGCAUUAUGCAGAUAAAGCUGCAGAGCACACCUUUUUUUCCUGUUGGUCUUCAGCAGCUCUUAGUGGUCACAGUUGAGGACUGCAGGAUGCUGCACAGCAUUGCAUACUUACAUCUGGAUUUUAAAUACAAAUGCAAUCACACUCUCUAUUAAAAUAUAUGUGCAUUUGUGACAACAAAUUAUUCCCAUAUAUUCCCAUAUUGUGGGAAAUAUACUGUGUUCAGUGGAGUGACUGUUCCCCAGAGGACUCCCAUAGCAAAAGGAGUUUCAUUUGAUGAUGAAACACACCCAUGACAACUACAAUAUCUGUCAUGAGAUUAAUCUACACCUGUCCAACAAUAACGCCGGCCUACUCAAGUCUAAUUUCCUCGACGACUGGAUAGUAGAUUAAGUGCAGGAUUGAUAUCUCAAGCUGUAGCCAUAAUUAAUCUGACAUUCUCUUAUGUUGUGUAUUUCUCCCCAAAUUGCCCCAAACACUUGAGCAUAUAUAAAUCAUCUCUACACGCUCUGCAGAUGCUAAGAUCUCAGUUUGUGUCCUAUAAAUGAUUCAGUGGCUCCAUCAUAGUUUCAUCUCAGAGUUUUUAACAAGAGCACCGGAGAAGGAGAGGAGAAGGGGUGUAAGGUGGUAGGUGAUGUUGUCAAAACACUGAAUGUUUUUCAUAUAUUUAAUUACAUAUUGGUCCACGGCUCGGUAGGAAUCGCUGCAGCUCAGCAAAGAAACAGCGGACGACAUUAACAAUUUAAGAGGUGAGAGCGGAGUGUGAGUGUUGUUGCAUAAUUCCUGAUGUGUUUGUUGUUUUAUCUGGAGAGCAAAAGUCUCCGAUGUUACCAAAUGUAGUCAUAGCGUUGCACAAAAUGGUUGUCAUCCAUAUGAAACUGUUGAAUAAUGUAAGACCCUAAGCAGAUCCACGCUGAGAGAGAAGUGAAACGGUUGCGAGGCUCUUGUGCAUUAUUGUUGAAUUUUUCUCUUCUCUCGCACACUGAUAAAUACACGGUAAAUGCUCGAUUCCUGAGGAAGUGACCACCAUUUCCUGGCCAGUCAAGCAGCACAUGAUAAGACGAGGAACACCCCCCUCACCACCACCACCACUGCCUGAAUCACCACAAGUUUGUCCCCCACACACUCCACCUCUCCCUUCCUCUCUCCGUCCGUCUGACCGCCCUUCUGGCCUCCGUCUCGUCGGCCCUCUGCAGCUGUAUUUUAAUCUUACAGCAGUGAACCAGCAUCACUCAGGAUGGACUCCAGACCCCCCAACCUGCCGCUGCUGCUCCUCACCUGCCUCCUACACUUCUGGCAGUGUGCCAGAGGACAGUCAUCAUUCACUAUAGAUACCGUUGGCCUUACCAUCCAACCCAGCAACACAGUUCCAAGCGGGACACCGGUGACCCUAAGCUGCCAGGUCACAGUCAGUCAUGACAACAUCCCUAACCUGACACACACUUUCCAGCUGAGACGGGACGACGUUCCCAUCCACUCCUCUACCAGCACAGAAGACGCAAUCGUAUAUGAACUCGACCCGGCCAGGGCAGCUGACUCUGGAAGUUACGAGUGUCGUGUCACAGUCAAGGACAAGAACAAAAUCAGCGUCAGCAAAAAACUGGACGUCACAGGCCUGCAGACCCCCAUUCUGUAUUUGAAUAAGACUUUCCCCUAUGAGAGCGAGGAGUUCACAGCCUCCUGCAGUGCUCCGGAGGAGAAAGGAUCCCUCAUCUUCCGGUUCUACCAGAGAUUCAGGACCGGAGAAAUUCAGAAGAUAAAGCAGCCGGCGCCCACUGGGAACUCAUCGGAGACCACGCUGGUCCUGAGGAGGGUUGGAGACAGCCACCUGUACUGUGACUAUGAGGUCAACUUGGUUUCUGGUGCCAGACGCUCCAACCGCAGCAACGACAUCCUAGUCAUAGUCAAAGCACUCUACAUUUCCCCGGUCAUGAAUGUGCUGCCCUCCCCAGAUGUCUAUGAGGGUGACAUAAUAGAGGUGGUCUGUAAAGUGGUGAGUCCACUGAACAACAUUGACGUAUUCCUGACGAAGGACAGGAGGAUCCUCAAGAAAGCCCGAGUCAGCCUCAGUCAUCGGUACCGUACACGAGAAGGCGACUCCGGGGAGCUUGUGUGCAAGGCAGAGUGGGGCAACGUGCAGAAAGAAACCUAUCAAACAAUCACAGUCAAAGAGCUGUUUUCAAAUCCACAACUGUCUGUGACGCCCAUAGACAUAUUUGAGGGAGACCGCUUCAAGCUGACCUGCCCAGUCUCCAUUUAUGUCCCUGAGAAGAUCAACAAUGAAAGCGUGCAGUUCUCCUUCUACAAAGAUAACGUCAAAGUCGCCAGUGCAGAGACAUACGUCGCAGUGGCACACCCUUCUAAAAAUGGCAACUACACAUGUAAAGUCGAGGCUGCUUCUUCCACACACAGUUUUGUGAAAGAAAGCCAAAUGGUUGUUGUGAAAGCAAAAGUUCCUGUCUCCAAACCCAUGCUGAGUGUGGUGGGGGGUACGCUGGUGUUGGGAAAGCGCUUCCAGCUGCUCUGUCACAGCAACAAUGGCACUCUGCCCAUCAUCUAUACCCUGCACAGCCCUGACAGGCAGGUUGAGCUCAUGGUGAGCAAGCCAGGGGAGCAGGCCAUCUUUAACGCCUCAGCCAUCUACAAGACCUCAGACUUAAAUCGCCUUAUGUGCCACGCGAAAAACAGUGAAAACAGGCCUCCCAUGACAGGAUUAGGGGAGCAGCUGCUGCGUUCAACCAUCAUAGAGCCAGUGUCAAAACCAGUGUUGAGCGUGCUCCCCGACGCGGGGGACGUCUCCGAGGGGCAGGACGUGACUCUGGUCUGCACCGUUGAGAGAGGCACUCUUCCCAUCAACUUCACCUUGUACCACACGGAGACGCAGGGCGCUCUCGGCUCCCAGACCUCCAAGACACUGAAAGUAUCCUACAGCAUCAGCAACAUCAGAGGAGAACAACGAGGGGGAUACUACUGUGUGGCCACCAACCGGGCCGAAGAAACCAAACGAAGCCACACCGUCAUGAUGGCAGUGAAGAUGGCUGGCUGGAAGAAAGGUCUCAUCGCUGUUAUCGUCAUCUGCUUCCUGCUCAUACUGGCCAUGAUCCUCAUUAUGGCCUUUAAAAGACGUCUCCUUCUGUUUAAGAGGAAAAGAACUGGCGAGCUGUCGGUGAAGUCAGCCAGCACCAAAGUGGAGCGGCUGAGCCUCACCCAGGCAGAAGUCAAUGAGGCUGCUAAUGUCACUCCAGGCAUGAUCGGAAAGAGUGUUUGGAGUGAUCAUGCAUCAGGCUCUGAGUCUGAGGACCAGAAUAGCGUGACCGCUCCAGAAAAACCACCAGAACCUCAAUACACCGAGGUGCAGACCAGACAUGCAGAUCCUGACAGAGCUCCGGUGAAAAAGGGCACCGACACGGUGUACAGCGAAGUGCGGAACUCCAAGCAAGGUGUUCCCGAGCAGACUGAUGGUCAGGGGUCAGUGGAGUAUGCACAGCUGAAUCAUGAUACGGAUCACCACAGUGACCACGGUAACCAAGGCGACCACAUCGUCCAGGAUGACCACAUAGAUGAGAUUGACGACAGUGUUCACAUCGACACUGCUGACCACGGGGAAUGAAAAUCCAGAAUACUGACCAGAAUAUUUAUUCCUUUAUUUAUCCGGCUGGUUGAUGCAGCUGGAGACUUUUGUCCUGAAAGACCUUAAACAGCUCUAAGCAUUUACUAUAUACUUUUUGUAUUUUUGUAACGCUUUGCAAUCAACAUCCCACACUGUAAAUCCACUUGCUUUUGCCUUUUUGAAGGGCAAAUAAAAUGUUUUUGAUAAG